CAUCCUAGUUUCCAAUGGCCAAAGGACCAAAGUCUGAGCAUUCACAAUUUCACAAAUUGAUCAACUUUGUUGUUAAACAUUGAGUUUAAAAAUAAACGAAGAAAGUAUGAUGUAGCAUUGUAAUAUAUUAUGAGUACGAUACUACAUGUAUAAUAUUUUGUAAGAAGAAUAAAACAUACCGAUUGCUGAUUAACCCAUAUAGUACGGAGUAUGGGUCAUAUUGAGUUGAGGAACUCAAGUCGAAAAUGGUCUAAUUACAUAGUGGCUAAACCACAUAGCUUGGAAGAUCGGACCAAAAGAAACCCAGAUCCUAACAACAAACUCAACUGUCACUGAAUUUCACCAACAAUACAACAUCCUGAAAGAGAAAGAGAGAGAAACACAGAGAUGGCGGGGCUGCUAGCGUGGGCAGCCGAUGUAGUAGGCGCGAAUGAAAGUGGUUCCGAUGUUUCCGACGACCCGAGUUCGAUUCCUCUCAUUCUAACCCCUCAACAACAGCAAUAUCUCAAUGAAUUGAACCAGAAAUCAGCUUCUCUCACUCGUUCGAUCCAAGAUCUACGGCUAAGACUCCCUCCCUCUGACAUCGCUCAACGUCUUCCUCAUCUUCAUGCUCAUUCCCUCGCUUCUAAUGCUGCUCUUACUCUUCAAUUAAACUCCCAUUCUUCCACUCGGGAGCAGGCACAACAAAGGGAGGCUAAAUUGCUGGAAGAAAAUGCUGCUUAUGAAAGAGAAAUCACAAAAUGUGAAGCUAAGAUUCAAGAGAAGUUGCAGGAGGCAGAACAUUUCCAGCAGAAGUUGAAGGAGUUGGACUCGAUUGAGGAAAAUCUGAAAACUGAGUUGCAAAGAGUUCAAGCAGGUUCAAGUGCCAGUCAGUCUGAGAAAUCUGCUGUUCAACAUGGAAAAGAAGUGGAUACUGAAGCUGAAGAAGAUGCUUCCCGAACUGCUUUACUUGAGAAAUUGGAGAACCAGAAGAAAGAAAUGCAAUUAAUGGAAGAGAAGAUUCAAAUGUUGGAGAAGAAGUGGGCAGAUGUUCAAGAAAAGGCACUUAAGCAACCUUCACCAGCUCAGAGAGAAAAGGCAUUGGACAAGCAGCUUCAUAGCUUGAUGGAGCAACUGGCUGCAAAGCAGGCUCAAGCAGAGGCUCUUAUAAAUGAGAUACACAUCAAGGAGAAGGAGCUUGAAAGAUUGAACGCAUUGUGGAGGAGAGUUGAGGAUACCAAGGAAGCUACUGCUGCUAGGAACCGCUUUGCAAAAAGUGGCCCAAUCUAUGGUUAUGAAACUGACACUGACCUCGAUGGUCACAACAACCUCCCGUAUUACUCUGGUGGUCGUUCUGAAUACCGGCAAAGGCUCAGGAUUUUAAGGUCUUCCUUUGUGCUUUAUGUCUUUUUGCUGCACAUAAUAGUCUUCAUCAGAAUAUCAUUCAUUUGAGAAUGCUGUUUUUAGGAGUUUUGAGUUUUAAUAUGAGAAUCAACAUUGUGCAUAGAAUAAAUGACAAAUAGUGAAACCAUGUAUGAGUAAAAUGCCUGAUUUGUAUUAUCACCUAUGUAAUGAUAUUGAUAGUUAUAAUACAUAGUAUUACUUGAA